GCUCUCCUUCCCGACGUUGUGAUGAGUCAUGUGACGCUGACGUCUUCACUUUACCAAAUAUGGAAAGAGCCGGUGAUUUGCAUAGAGGUGGGCAAUAUUCGGAGACCUUCGGGGACUCGUGGAAACUUCGACGGCUCCCAGAAUGCAGCUCGGUAUGAGAAAGUUUUCUGACAGGUUGAAUCAAGAGAGGAGAAAAUGUCGAGAAAACAGCAAUCCAUCCUGGGUUUCUUCCAAAAGAAGGAUGUUGCAGCGUCCAAGGAUCAAGCACAAGAUCGAGGACGAGAUGACAGCGAGCACAGUGACGAAUCUCUGUCCACUAGCGAGCCUGGCGCUAGCGCCGAAGCGGGUCCAUGCACGCCUGUUGAAGAGUGCUGUGAACACAGCGGCGAGGCAGAUUUAUCCUCGUCAGAAGAGUCCUGCGAAGCCAGCGGCAAUCCCCCGCCCGCCUUCGAAGAAGAGCCGCAACCCGGGCCGUCUGGAACUUCAACAUUUGGCCCGAUCCCCCCGAGCACUCAAGAAUUCUCGGACGAGUUUUCUGUAGAUUUGUCGGGGGACGAUGAAGACGCAACGUCGACCGAGCCAAAGAAGCCAAAGCUGUCGGAAGAUCAAGAAAAGACCAAAACAGAAAAAGUGUACAAGUUCCAGGAUUCAUGGAAACAUAAACGACCAUGGCUGAAACACGACAAGUCUAAACUCAUCAUGUGGUGCGAAGUUUGCAGGCGCUUUGAUACGGGAAAGAAAAAGAACUCGUUUAGAAAAGGAACUAAAAGUUUGAGAUUGCCAAAUAUUACAUCGCAUGAGGCAUCUCCUGCCCACGUAACUGCCUGUAACAAAAAGGAUGCAUCUAUGCUAGCAAUUCAGAACCGACCGAUGCCUAUGGCUGUCCAGAGGAUGGAGGCAAAGAAAGUUGACCAAAUGAGCACAUUGUUCCGUAGCGCCUAUUAUUUGGCCAAGCAGGCCAGGCCAUUUUCAGAUUUUCCCAUGCUUAUGAAGUUACAGAGAUCAAAUGGUUUGGCAACUGUAGGAAAAACCUACUUGAAUGAUAAGGAGGCUCGUGUAUUUGUAGACUAUAUUGCUCAAACAAUUCGCAGUGACAUGAUUACACAUAUACAGACCUCAGAUUUUGUAUCCGUUUUAGCAGAUGGUAGUACCGAUAGGGGGGCCAUUGAAGAAGAAGUUGUCCAUGUACGCUACCUCCGAGACAAUAUUGUGCCUACAACAGCAUUUGUUGCUUUAAAACCUCUAGAGAGGGGAGAUGCUGAACAUGUCACUUCUGCAGUUAAAUCUGCAUUGCAGGAUGAUUUGCUCAUGGAAGGAGCUUGGUCACAGAAGCUUGUAUUUGCAUGCUUCGAUGGAGCUCCUGUCAACAUGGGUCACAUAAGUGGGGUAGGGGUGAGGCUGAAAGAAGAGUGUCCUCAUCUUCUGGUACUGGCAUGUUGUGCACAUAGACUUGAAUUAGUAUUUAAGGAUGUGCUAGGGGAAGUCCAGUAUUUCUCUACAAUACAUGAUAUGCUGUCCAACCUGUACAAGUUCUAUCAUUAUUCACCAUUGAACUGGCAAGGUCUACGGAAUGCUGCUGAAGCACUGAACAUUGCUGUGCUCAAACCAGUUAGAGCAACAGGUACACGUUGGCUGCCACAUCUAGAACGUGCUGUCAAAGCAGUGUGUCGUGACUUUCGCGCCCUGGUGCAGCAUCUUGGGCAUCUAGAGGAGAUUGGUGACACUGGAACCAAGGACAGUCGUGACAAAGCAAGAGGAAUCCUUCAAGUAGUGAAGACAGUGAAAUUUGUAAUGUUUCUCAAUUUCCUUGUGAAAUACCUGGGACUUAUCAGUGCAGUGUACAAGGUAUUUCAAGACAACGACAGCACAAUAGAAGUUGUGUUCAGAAGAGUCAAUAGUGUUGUAUCAUCGCUGAUGAAACUAGCCAAACCUGCCAAGCUGAACAGAAUCCUCUCUGAUGGCCUAGAAGAGAGAGAUGGUUCAUUUGUGUGGAAAGAAACAGUGUUAACCACUGGUAGACCACAGCGUGGGCGAGGGCGAGGAGGCAACCUUGCUACCUACAAGGAGGAAGUGCUGCAGGACUGUCAGCGCAUAUGUGACAGCACACUGCAUCAUUUGGGACGCAGGUUUGAUGUCAUCCUCAGCAACCCCGUGUACAACUCUGCCAGAGUUUUGUUUCAGUUCUCCACAUGGCCAACAGAAGAGGAAGAUGAUGACUUUGGAGAGGAGAACAUCAGAACUUUGCAUCAUCACUUCCACGCAGUGCUUGAGCAGAAGGACUUUGACAUUGACAGUUGCAUCAGAGAAUGGUUAGAACUGAAAUCUGUGUGCCGUGCACAGCUUGCUGCUAUGCAUCAAACACCACACUUCAGCACCUUCUGGACUUCAGUUCUGAGAAGGGAACGGGAUGAGGAUUUCAAGAAUAUUUUCACCAUUCUACGGUUGGCCUUAAUCAUUCCGACACACACAGCUGAAUGCGAACGAUCUUUCUCAUUGAUGAACGUAGUGAAAACGGACUGGAGGACAAGCCUGGACCCAGCUACACUGACAAGCCUCAUGGCAAUUUCCCUUGAUAAGAACGAUGUAGAAACAUUUGACCCAUUGCCAGCAAUAAGGUUGUGGUGGGCGGGUGGGAAACGCCGUCCAUCUACCACCCCUUAUGGGCCUAGAGCACCAAGAGUCGAGGAGAAUCAUGAGUCUGACACGUCAGAAGAGGAUAUAUAACUUUUAAUAAGGUGAAUACUUCCCAACUUGCAGCUGUGCAAGUAGAUUUUUCUGGUGCAAGUUAGUUUUGGGCUAACUUGCACCAGUGCAAGUUGGCCCCAAAAUGUAUUUCGAGCCCUGGACAACACAUAACCCACCCUAUCCGCUUGGAGAUAAGCUGAUUACCAAACGUCCAAAACACAUUCCCUGUUCCACAAAACCGAAAAUAUAGGGCUGGUUUAUGAAAUUAUUACAACGAUUAUAACAACAGCUACCGCGAAAAGAAAAGAAUGUGCAUCAGUA